GCUGGGGGAGGGAGAGGGGAGGAGGUCGCGUCGGCGCCCUUGGUCGGCCGACGAUCACAGGACCGGCGGCCAAGUCGUGGGUUUCAGCGGCAGUGAGGGGGUCGUGUGAGCCCCGCCGUGCAGGGGAGGGGACGUGUCAGCGCAGCCACCGGUGACACAGUGCGAGUUUGGUGUCAUCAGACGACUGAGACACACAUUCUCGCCCGGUCACUCAGACUGUAGUCAUGCCGGCAGUAGCGGGCACCGUCCUGGUGACGGGCGGAGCUGGCUUCAUCGGCUCGCAUACGGUGCUCGAGCUACUCAACCUGAACCGGGAGGUGGUCGUCGUGGACAACCUGGUCAACGCGGCUCAGGGCGUGGUCAAGCCGGCUAGUCUGGAGCGAGUGGAGCGUCUGACUGGGAAAGCGGUCACCUUCUACUCCCUGGACGUCCUGGACAAGCCGGCCCUCGCCAAGGUCUUCAAACAGCACGAAAUAUCCACCGUAAUCCAUUUCGCGGCCCUGAAGGCCGUAGGGGAAUCGGUGGAGAAGCCCUUGGCGUAUUACCGCAACAACGUCAAUGGGACCAUCGCCCUGCUGGACGUGAUGGAGGAGUGCGGGUGCAAGUCGCUCAUCUUCUCCUCGUCGGCCACCGUGUACGGGUCACCGCAGUCCCUGCCCGUGGACGAGACCCAUCCGACUGGGGUGGCCAUCACAAACCCGUACGGACGGACCAAGUUCGUCAUCGAAGAGAUCCUCAAAGACCUCUGCGUGGCCGACAAGGAGUUCAGCGCGGUGCUGCUGCGCUACUUCAACCCUGUCGGCGCGCACGCCUCUGGAGACAUCGGGGAGGACCCGAACGGUCCGCCGAACAACCUGAUGCCCUACGUGUCGCAGGUGGCCGUGGGCCGGCGACCCAAGCUGCAGGUGUUCGGCGGCGACUACGAUACCCCGGACGGCACCGGCGUGCGGGACUACCUGCACGUGGUGGAUCUGGCCAAGGGUCACCUGGCAGCGCUGCCCAAGUCGGCAGAGCCCGGAUGCCACAUCUACAACCUGGGCACCGGCUCCGGGUUCUCAGUGCUGCAGGUGAUAGAGGCCUUCAAGAAGGCCUCCGGACGAGACAUCCCCUACGAGGUGGUGGCCCGGCGAGCCGGAGACGUGGCCUCCCUCUACGCAGACAGCUCCAAGGCGGAGCGCGAGCUCGGGUGGCGCGCAGAGCUCACCCUAGACGAUAUGUGCGCCUCCGCCUGGCGGUGGCAGAGCCGGAACAAGUACGGCUUCUCGGCGCCGCCGGCGGAGGGCGACACCAAUGGUCGCGCCUAAUCGCAGCGACAUCUGCUGGCGGCAAAAGAACUAGUGCCUCAGAAGGGUGGGAGUGUAUAUGGGAGGGAUGGGGUCUUGUGCUGCUUCUGUAUGUGUGUGUGUGUGUGUUAUGCGUGCCGUAAAUGUGUAUGUCGAACCGAGCGAAAUGUUACGUCCGGUUUCUGUAAAUAUUUUGCUUUUGUUAAUGUUACUCGUGUUACGCGCUGUAAAUCUUAAUCACAAUGUGUAUAUAUUUUGUGUCAAAUUUGUAAAUAUCGAAACAAUAUUUAGUUCGUUGAGUGAUUCGUGUUGUACUUAAUUACGGGUAAAAUUAAAGAGCACUGGGAUGAUCAAUUAGUCGAGCGACGAAUCGUGAUAGCAUACGAGUAUUUUGUACAAAAAUAUACCUGUGAGGUGC